AUGAAUAUACUGCGUUUUGUCAAGCAUGUCACUAAUCCAUCUAAAACAUUUAUGAUACUUUAUUUUGUUGCAAACUAUGCACCUGAUGGGGCGGAUCAAGUGGAAGCUUCCUAUGAAUGCUACAAAUAUGCGCUGGCGCAUGAGGAACUCAUAACGAAUGAAAAGUAUCAGGAUCAAUUGAAUCCAACUGAACUUAUUUAUAGCCUUUACCACCAUGAGCUGAUUUUGAAAUCAAGUAAAUUGCAUAUUAAUACAGUUGCGAAAGAAAUCGCCGAACUGCAUGGCUUAGACUUGCAAGCAAUACAGUUUCAGUUAUUGCAAAAGUGGUUGGCUUUCACAGUCGAUGCCGGUAGUGCGAAUAUACUUGAGGAGACAUUCUUCGAAGAUCACAAUUUAGUGGAAGAGGAGCAAACGAAUGCGGGUAAUGCGGCGGAGAAUGUUAUAAGAGCCAAUUAUAUACUCAACAGUUGGCCUAAGAAGCAAGCUAAAGAAUUUUUAGUAGCGCACAUUUUUCCUGCUGAUGGAAGUGUAAAUACCAGCAAACAGCUACAAAUGUACGAAUGCUUCUCAAAGUUAAACGAUGGCAGCGAGUCCUUUAAGAACGUACUCAGCCAAAAGCAAUACAUAACGAUUAAAUGCAUACAUGAGUUGAAGCAGUUGGGUUAUAAUUCGAGUUUGGAAAAGUUCACAAACUGCAAUAAAAUCGACAUAUUGAAAACAAUUUGGCAACGCAAUGCUCAAAAUCCGCAUACACUUGAGAUAUUAGCAAAUAUUUGUCAUAUUGAAGCGCAUGGCAAUGUUCCAUAUGGUGCGUGA